AUGUAUUACAUCCCCAAGGCGUUGAAGCCACACAGUGGCGUAGGCUCCGGCCAGCGAUUGGUGACCCUGGCUGAACAAACUUUCAAUUUCCUGGGAUGCAUUGUUGCGGCUGUGGUAUACUUCUACGGCUUGAUGUAUCUCAAGCAACCCUUAACCUUUGACAUGAUAGUGAGUAUAAUUCUGGCCGAGUACUGUCGAUGGAGAAAUAGCCAGAGACACCGAUAUGCAGCACAGCAGGAAGAGAACGGUAGCCUUGGUCUUGCUGAGAAGGGCAAGUCAAGCGAGCAGAGGUUGGACUGUGUUGCUGCUGUUGUUGGGUAUAGGGAGGAGCCUACCCUCUGGAAAAGGGCACUGGAGAGCUAUUCGCAGGCGCAAAAUUGCAGAUUUCUUCUCAUAUGCAUAGACGGGGAUGCAGAGGAGGAUCGGGAGAUGGUUGAAGUCUUUCAAGACGUGAGUGGCUAUCCUCUGUCUGUAUUGCAUGUAUUCACGUUUAUUGAUCAGGUUUACGCGGAAACGUCCGCCUUGAUGCACCUGGAUAUCCCUCUAGCAGAGAUUGCUAUGCAGAUUGACCGAGCUAGGUCCUCCAAGACGACUGAUGUGGAUAUUAUCGCUCAAUGCUGUUCUAAGGCGAUCUCUAGAUUAUGUGUUAGCCAGCCGCACAUGCACAAGAAGGGCGUCAUGUUUACCUCCUUCAUAAUUUCCUUGGUGCUCUCCGAUAUCCUCGACAUCGAGUUCUUGUGGACAUCCGAUUCGGACUCAAUUGUGAUGCCCGAUACAUUGACACGUACGAUGGCGACAUGUGCCGCGGAUCCCGGAAUUGGGGGUGCCAGCACGGCACUUACCAUCCACAACAAGGAUGAAACAGCCAUCACGCAGCUCGGGAACGCGGUAUACCUGAACGAAUUGUAUCUGGCACGUUCCUUUACUGGCGCAGCUGCCGCAAAUGACUGCCAAAGCGGACCGUCUGCUGCUUUUCGCUUCUCUGCUGUGAGUGGAGAGUUGCUCGCCUGGUAUAAACAAAGCGUGCUCGGACAUUGGAUGGUUGUGAACGAGGAUCGACAUCUGACCACACGUCUCCUUUUGAAAGGUUGGAGAGUGGUUUUCGCAUCCGACGUUAUGACCGCCACUGAGUCACCCACGACAUUCAGGAGGUGGCUGUUGCAACAGGAUUACUCCCACCGCCUGGCGCUGACAAUCUCCUACCUUGUGUUUCGUAAUCCAUACCGACCAACUAUGAAGGAGUGGAUGUGGAGUCUCCCCGCACAUCUGUUCUAUCAUGUUCCGUUGCCUGCCAUUCAGGUGUGGAGCUUUCUGACAGUACUCCAUGAUUCGUGGGGAACGACUAUGAGGGCCAACAAAGAGGUAAAGCAUUCUAAGCUGCGUCUUAAGAUUUGGGAAGUUGGGUUCUUCGUCUUCUGGAUGGCCAUCUUGGGCGGUGCCUCGGGGCGAUAUAUUGCAACGUCGCUGAUGCCAGGCUCGGUUGACGUGGUGGCAUUCAUUCUUGGGGGGUUUGUGUCAGUGUUGAUUGUGGGUGGAUGGUGGAUGGUUGUCGCGAAGUGA